AAAUUAUCUGGCAUCUCUGCCUAGAACUAGCGUUCUCUUUGGUAUCAGUGAUUUGCCAACUCUAGCUCUAGUAGUGUUGUAAUGUGUUCUGUUCGACAAUAUAAUGAACAAAUUAGUUUAAUUCUAAUACUAAUCGCCUAAUCUAUUUCGCCUAUAAUUAAUCGUAGCAGUUACUAUGUACAUUGUUCUAGUGCACUUCUUGAACAAAAAUGAGUUUAAUAUUUGUACGAAAUGUUUUCAAAAGCUAUCCACUUGUGAAGGGUAUGAUAACGUAUAGCGUUAUAUGGCCUUCAGGGAGCCUCAUUCAACAGACCAUUGAAGGAAAAGAUUGGCGCACUUUCAACUAUAGGCAAUGCUUGAAUUUUGCAUUGUUUGGGACGUUUUUCGUGGCUCCAACCUUGUAUGGAUGGGUUAAAAUUUCAAGUCAAAUGUGGCCAACGAUGAACCUAAAAACGGGCGUUAUCAAAGCCAUAGUGGAGCAGUUCAGUUACGGUCCUUUUGCUGGAACAAGUUUCUUUUUUGGAAUGAGUUUACUUGAGCAGAAAACAGUUACGGAAUCUAUUGAGGAAGUGAAAUCCAAAUUUCCCGAGACUUACAAGGUUGGAAUUUGUGUAUGGCCGAUAAUUCAAACUAUAAACUUUUCACUUAUACCAGAGCACAAUCGAGUUCCCUUCGUGAGUGUAUGUAGUUUAUUAUGGACAACUUUCUUGGCGUACAUGAAGCAACGAACAACAACGAAAGAGUCACUAAAUCCACCAGAAAUUCAUCACUUUGACUAGAAUAUGUUUUAGUGGUUACCAAAGACAAGGAAUCGUUAAUAUGAUUUAGUACAAUUGAUCAAAUGCAUUAAAACUAUCGAAGCAUUUUAAAAUACUAAUGUUAAUUGUUAUAUGAAUAUUUAUAUGAUAUCUAUAGUUAAAUUGAAUGUACCUUGUUAUGAAAAUAGUAAUUCAAAAUAUAUAGUAUAUUUUAAAAGUUA